CCGCCGGCGCAUUGGCCCCAUUGGCCGACGGGCUUAUGCAUAUGCAAAACAAGUGACGAGGCGCAGUCGGGGCUGUGGUAGGGGCGUUGAGGGGUGGCGGGGGUGAACCAUCCGGGGCGGGGCCGGCAGAGGGGCAGGACCUGGGCGCGGGGCCGGGAAGGAGACCCGGGCUGGGGGCGUGGCCUGGGUGGGAGGGCUGUGGCCAAGGCGGCCGGGAGUGGGGCCCGCAGCCCCAAGAAGGGUCCGCAGUCGGGAGCAGGGCGGCAGGAAGACAUGAGCGCGGUGGACCUUGCCCGCGUGGGCGCGUGUGUCCUGAAGCACGCAGUGACCGGGGAGGUACAACGGCUUGAGCAUUGUGCCGGCCGCCCUGGGGAAGCCUGUGCGCGAUGUGGCCCUCAAGGCCAAAGCUGUUGGCAUCCAGGGGAACCUGUCUGGGGACUUGCUGCAGAGCGGAGGGCUGCUGGUGGUUACCAAAGCCUGCAGGGGUACCCUGACCGCCUCCCUGCUGCUGUAGGUGGUGACAGAGUGUUGCUACACUUCGUCCAGAAGUCCCCAGGCGACUAUGUUCCCCAGGAGACCAUCUUGCAGGCCCUGGGCAUCUCUGCAGAAGGCUGUGCCAGUGAGUCGCCCCAGAAAUUUCCAUACUCAUUUGGCUAUUCCAAUGGAUGCUAUCUGACAUGUAAGGAAGACAUACUGCGAAUCCUACUCAAAUUUCCCAGAGGAGAGGAAGAGAAAACUCUUCUGAAUUGGAUUUUUGACGCCAAGAAUAACUUAAUACCAAAAUCAGGAUAUUACAAAGAAAGAAGGAAGGAAACGAGAUGUCUGCUAUUGUGACGUUAGCUGUGCCGAGUGUCCCCGCCAGCUCAAGUAAGACCAGUAAGUGAAAUAAAAUCAGGAAGAGUUUGAAAGGGAAGAAAUAAAACUGAUUGUUCACAAAGGACAUGAUUUCAUGUGCAUGAACUCUGAAAGGACCUACAGAUAAAGUAUCAGUACAGUAAAACUGCCUGUGUAUGAGCUCAGACUCUAGGCUAGCAACAAAAAUAUGAAGAUAUGUUACCAAUGAGGCCCUUCCUAACAGUAUGAGAAAAACGAGAUGGCUAAGAGUAAAUCUGAUGAAAGGUGAGUAAGGCACCUUAAGAGGACGUUUCAUACACUGCUUUUGGGGACGUCAGCUCUGUACCCAGGGGGAAGGUUUGGCGUUAUCGGCUAAAGACGAACAUAUCUGUGUUCUGUGACUUGGCCAUCUCAUUCCUAGGUAGAUACCCAACAACAGUGCACGCAUGUGCACCCCAAAGGACAUGCACUAGAAUGAGCGUGGCCACAUUAUUCAGAAGAGUCCAGAAUGUGAUCUGACCCAGAGGUCUAAGGAGUACAGCGGGGGCGUAACUGUCGCGUGUUCUCAGAAUGGAUCAUACAGCAGUCAGGAUGAGUGAAAGCUCGCCUGAUGCCCAGUGAGAUGGGGCAUAAUGACGGUGAGAUGUGGUCUCCCCUACAACACGUAGGACGAGAGAAGCCCCGUGCAAGUGAGCCAGCUUGUCUGGCGUGAUGUCGAGUCUUGUGGUGGCAGAAGUCGGGGUGGUGGCUGCUUCGGGGGAGGGCAGGGGAAGGGCCCCCAGGAGGGGUGGCCGUAGUGGUUCUGAUCUGAGCGAGGGCUGUGCGCACAAGCUCACGUGGAGGCAAGCCUUAGUGUUAUAAAGCAUCAGGCGGCAGACGCCGUUGAGGCCUGGCUUCCGGGACGUUCCGCGGGGCUGCUCCCGUGCCAUCACCGUGGCACGGCACCUGCAGGCCAUCGGAGUUCUCUUUCUUCGCUUCCCACAUUUAGGGCAUUUGCAAAUCCUGCUGGCUCUAGCUUCCAAAUAGAUCCAGAAUCCAGCCCUCUCAGCACGUCUGCUAACAGUUGUCCCAGCUGCCACCAUUUCCCGCCUGGACAAGGUGCAGCCUGGUCCUCGCUGUGAGUCAAGUCUGGGCCCCAAACCCCUCUCACACAGCAGUAAGGCCAGUGCCCUGGAGGUCUGGCCCCAUCCACCCUGUCACCUCCAGGGCCUCAUCUGCCUUCCAGCGGCCUUGUGACUCCUGCCUCAGGACCUUGGCCUUUACUGCCCCUCUGUUGGGGCUGCACGUUGCAGAUGGUCCCUCCUCCAAGCUUCUCUCCCACCAUCAGCCGUGGGGCGUGGCCACUCCUGGCUGCCGUCGUCCCACCCUCUCCCUGCUUUCUGACACACUCUGUAGGUCCCGCUCUUUCUCUCUCCUGGCCUGCCUGGUAGCACGGGUGCAAGGUGGGGAUUGCCUCCUUGGUUCACAAAUGCGGCCAGUGCUAGAGCAGGGCCGGGCUCCCCCAAGUGCCCGCUGGGGCGUGGGCCAGCUGAUGGGCCGUGUAGAGGGGGGUGGCCAUAGCAGGCCACCACUGAGAGCCAGUGCCAAACAAGAGGGCAGGCUCCAGGGACCAUGGAGCCUUCCGGAACACGAAGUGCCAUGAGCCCUGGGCAGGAGUCUCUCUGAGUUUUCCUAUUCUGUUCUACGGCUCUGGACACUUUCAUUUUCUGGUCGGGAGUUAGGAGCUUUCGUUUCUAUCCCUGGCCCCUGCCCUCUCCUCCCUCUGACUUUGGCUCCAUACCCGCUCAGGCCCUCAGCCCUCUGACCUGGCUCUGUCCUCGCCCACCCUCUCCGCCUUUUGACCUGGGCCUUGCUUGUAAGGCCGGUGGUGGCUAGAACCGCACCCCUGCCCCUCCUGGGGGAGGCCGCUGGACAGGAUGGCUGCCCAGGGUGGCCGGCCAGCUAAGCUUGGGGCUGGGUGGGGUGCUCCCCUCCCUCUCUGGCCUGGGCUGCUCUUCCCCUGCCCCAGUCCCUGAGCAUAAGUCCUGGCCAGCAGGGAGGGAGGGCCUGAGGGUCUGGCGGUGUGGGGCAGCCUUCGGUCUGGCAUGGGCAGAUCCGUGCGGCAGAGUUGGGGACAGAGUGCCCUGGGUGGGGGUCUCCCUGGCUCUGGUUCAUCAACAACCCCUCCAGGCCUGUUUCCUGCUCAGAAAAGUGGGGUCGUUGUUGCAGCCGCCUCAUAGAUAGGGGGGGCUGUGUCCCCCAGUUGGCUCCUGCUGUCCCAGUGUGAGAGCGUCCCUGGUGUGUGUGCCCAUGCGUCUGUUUCUGAGGCUUAGCAGACGGAGGCAGGGCCGUGUGGGUGGCGGGCACUCACCUUCAGGCCAAACUUGUUCUGGAGGUCCUCCAGGCUCAUCCUAUGGUACAAGGUGGUGACAUCGUGCCUCUCCUCCUGGGGGGCGGUGGCCUGCACCGGGGGCAGGUGGUCACGCUGCGGCUGGGGGGCCCGGGGAGCCAGGCCGCCCCUGCCCCGCCCCCGCGCUGCGGCCUCACGUUUGCCAGCUGCGUCUCCA